CUCAAACACCACACCAACCUCAAAAUGCCGGCCUACAACUCCAUCUUCAACGCCGACUCCUCACCCCCCUCCUGCACCAACAUAGGCAACUUCCCGCUGCUCCCCCUCCGCACCAAAGUCCGCGGCCCAGCGUACACACUCCCACCGUCCUCCCUCGCCGCGCACCUGUCUCCCGAACCCGACAGCGAGAGCUACGAUGCCUUGGACGAGGUGCUGGGCCUGUUCCGCGCCAACACGUUCUUCCGGAACUUCGAGAUCCAGGGCCCGGCGGAUCGGCUGUUGAUUUAUGGCAUCUUGUGGGUUAGCGAGUGUUUGGGGAAGAUUAGGAGUGGGAUGGGUGCUAGGGAAGCGCAGAAGGAAGUCCAGAAUAUUGCUUUAGAUACCAAUUUCGCUAUCCCGGGUGAUCCAGGAUUCCCUCUUAACCAGAUGUUCAACCCACCGCGCGACCGUCAAGAAGCCGAAACUCUUAAACAAUACCUGGGACAGUUGCGACAGGAGCUAGCUAGCAGAUUACUGGCGCGGAUAUAUGAGGAUGGGAGUGAGAAGCCGAGUAAAUGGUGGUUGAGCUUUGCGAAGAGGAAGUUUAUGGGGAAGAGUCUCUGAAUUGGUCGUGGAAGGAAAGGAAUUGGGUUUGAGGAUGGUGAUGGGAAUGUGAUGGAAUGGAGAGUGAGUGAGAUGGAGAUAGGCCGUGGUAGGCGUUGCCUUGUGUGGAGAGUAACUAGCUGCGGUUAUCUGGCAGCGUGAACAAAAAUAGAAGUCUAUGAAGCAUUACAUGGGAGCAUGAGAUUAAGUUGCUGUGAUUUAAUGGUCAUCUCAUGGUCGAGGGCUAUGUAACGAAACCUCCAUAUGCUCAAGCCCAAUGCAAGUCAUUUCCUCCCUAUUGUCAUGAGAUGUCUGUCUUUGAUUCUUCUGUGGCAUGCUCAAGGUUUGCAACGGCACCAUUCGUACCAUUCAAGGAAGCCCCAUCUUCCAGCUUGAUCCGCUUAGAAGUAGACUCUCCUUCAACCCGAGCAGCGUUUUCAUUCUUCACCUCUACUCCAUCCUCACUUUGUAUCUCACUCUUAACCUCC